AUGCGGAAGCUGGGGCUGGGGAAGAAAGGCAUGGAGCACCAAAUAGAAGAGGCAGCCCAUCGUCUUGUGGAGGUCUUUGCAAAUUCAAAGGGUAUGUGAUACAAGGGUGAUAAUGCUGGCACAUUCCAGUCUGCUGAAACCUUUAUUUGAUCUAUCUAUGUUGGGGGGGAAUGUCAUGUAUUUUGCUUGUUUUCUUCUGGAACAAAUUAUUGCUGGAGAUUCCAGUAUCCUUCCAACCCUAAUGUGAAAUUUAUCAGCUUGACAGUAAUAUGGCAGUAAAUAACUUCUUUUGCAGGACAGCCAUUUGAUCCAUCGGUACCAAUCACUAAGUCAAUCUCCAGUGUAAUAUGUGCUUUGACAUUUGGAAACCAGUUAUCUACAGAUGAUGAAAACUUUAAGAGACUGCUGGAGAUACUUGAAAUGAGCUUACAAUUUGGAGGCAGCUUUUUCCAUGCUGUGAGUUCUCCCCCCCCCUUCCUUAUUGAGCCAGACAGAUCUCCCCAAUGCCCUAACCCAUGGCCAGUAGCACUCAGGAAACCGUUUUGGUCAUGGAUAGAGUGUUGGGCAUAGAUGGAGAAGGCCAGGCUUUAAAUACCUGUUUGGUCCCUCUUUCUCAGCCUAACCUUCCUCACAAGGGUUGUUGUAAGGGUUAAAGACGGGGAGUGGGUGGGAAUAGUCUUCCGUUUUGCAAGGUCCUCAGAUCUUUGAUGACAUUUCUUUUCUCUUCCUCAGAAUUUUGCAUAAGUUGUUCUUUUUGCAGUCAUGGACAGAUAGUACCUCUGAUAUUUAGUACUAUUCUUUUCAAGUUAUAAAUAAACAUUUGGAUUUUUCUUCCCUUUAGCUUUAUGAAAUGUUCCCAUGGCUCAUGCAAUAUCUCCCAGGAACUCAUAAAAAGAUAUUUUCUGCCUAUGAUGAGGCAAUUUCCAUUGUGCAGAAGGAGAUAGAGAAACAUAGGGAGCAACAUUCCCUGACUGAGCCACAGGACUACAUUGAUUUCUAUCUACUUCAGCUUGAGAAAGUAGGUACAAUAUCCUCAUUGUAUGUGAAUUCUGCUCAUCACAAAAAUGCAUACCCUUGGCUAAAGUAGGCAAAUAUAUGCAAAUCUUAGUUAAAACAACACACAAAAUUGCUUGAUAUUAGAAGAAAUUGCUUUGCCAAGCUGUGUAUACUAGGUUAGGCAAUACUGAAUACAAAAAUGUGUAUAUUAAGAGAAAAUUGCACAAAAAUACUGAAGCAUUUUCAUGAACACCAAAAAGUGAAAUGCUUGAAGUCUGUUGUAAAAGAAAUUUAAUAUUUAUUAUUAUCCUUAACAGACCCAGAAUGAUCCUUAUACUACAUAUGAUGAAGAUAAUCUGGCUGAGUGUAUUCUGGAUUUUUUUGGUGCAGGGACAGAGACAACUGCUUCUACUCUGAAAUGGGCAAUGCUCCUUAUUGCAAUUCAUCCAGAAGUCCAAGGUAAGAGCAGUGCCGGAUUUAGGGCAGUGCAGGCAGUUCCCCGCACAGUGUGCCAAGGCAAGGGUGGAGAACUGUGACACAGAGCACUUGACAACAUGCACAGAACAGAAAGCAAGAGGGAAGCGGGCACCAGAAUUUGUCCUUGUUUAGAGCACCAUAUUACCAAAGUCUGAGCAUGGUAAGAAAGACCUGUUCACAGUGGCGUAGCGUGGGGGGGGCGGGGGGGCGGCCGCACCGGGCGCAACAUCUGGGGGGGGCGCUCGCACUCACAGCUCUCUGCCCCUACCUGGCUCACUCACUCUCUCUCACUGCAGUGCUGGCUGUGCGAAUCCGAUCCGAGCCACCGGGUCGCCGCCCACUGUGGAGGGGGGGGUGCCAGGCGUGCGGUGCGGAGAGAGAGCGAGGGACUCGAGUGCUAAAAUCCACGGGUUAGGGAGCGCAAAUUACUUGCCUUGCCCCAGGUGCUGACAACCCACGCUACGCCCCUGCCUGUUCAGUGACAGCAACAGCCCAUCCUGAAUGAAAUGGUCUGUAUUCCCUCCUGAGACUUCUCUCUCAAUCUGGAAAAUACUUCCCUUCUAUUGGCUCUGCUAAGAGCAGGAAGAAACCUCCCUUCCUCCUUUGCAAUCUAAUUUCAAUCUAAUUCUUCGAGCCUAGAAAGAAAGAUGAACUCACUCGUUUUUACUAUUCCAUCCUGAGACUUCUCUCUCAAUCUGGAUAGUAUUCAACAAAACUCCACAAAGCUCUCAUACAUAGAUUUAUUGAAGAGAAUCAAAGCACAUGUAGAAAUAUUACUCACAUUCCAAUAGUCUGUUGUUUAGCUCUGAAUGAAGAUGGUUAGAAAGCUUUAUAUGAAUUUCUCUUUGGAGUUUGUGGAGUUAUGUAAGACAAGUAAGUAAAUAUUCUUUUCCCUCAGAUAAAGUCUACAAGGAGAUGGAAGAUGUUUUUGGUUCCUCUCGCUCAAUCUCCUAUCAAGAUCGUAAGAAACUACCUUAUACCAAUGCAGUGAUUCAUGAGAUCCAGCGUGCUAAAUAUAUAUUGCUUUUCGGGCCACCUAGGCAGAGUGUGAAGGAUGUAAACAUACUUGGUUAUCCCAUUCCCAAGGUACAGACUCCGCUUUCUUUGCUUCAUAGCCAUUUGGGUCCACUGUGCACAUUCUCUCCACAUCUCUUCUCUAUAUAUUAUGUGGACUGAAGAUAACAUGAGCCUGGUGAAGUUGACUUCUAUAUUAGGAAAUGUAUUGUUUAUUUAUUAAAUUUAUACACCAUCCUCCAUCCAAGGAUCACAGCAGUUUACAGUGUAAAAACACAAAAAUAUAUAACAUAGUAACAAACAAAACAAUAACCCAGCCAUGCCUCUAGGUGCAAUUCUGUUAAAUCAGAAUUGUGUAGAAAAAUUGGGUCUUAACAACCUGUUUGCAAGCUAAUGCCCUGCCUGGAUAUAGGUUGAGUCAUUUGUUUCUUCCUUGCAGGGAACCUUUGUUAUUCCAGAUCUGCGCUCUGUUCUUUACGAUCCGAAACAAUGGGAGAAUCCUAGAGAGUUCAAUCCAAAUAAUUUUUUGGACAAGGAUGGAAAUUUUGUGGCUAGAGAAGAAUUUCUGGCAUUUGGAGCAGGUAAAUGAUUAAGUGAUUCAUAACCAUGUUUACCGGGUUGCUUCAAUGAGUUCAAGCUUUGAUCAGGAAGGUGUGAUAGGGUACAAAAUAUAGGUGGCAUUGCAGUACCAGGCACACAGCCAACAGAAAUGAACUUUCAUUUCGUAGAGUGGAUGCUAUGAAGCAAACACUACAAGCAGCAGUUAAAACAAUUGCUCUGUGAGAUAUGAUCCUACUCCCACAUUGCAGUGUUUUUAGCCAAUGAGUGAAUGUGGUUAGGUAUUGGAAAGAGCAGAGAUCUCAGGGCAGGCAGAAAGAAUACAUAACUGCUGUGUGGCAGGCAGAUAUUCAAUAGGUUAAUGUUUUUCUAGUAUAGAUAUUCAAAUAUGGGAAAACUUCACCGGCUGGCAUUUGUCUUUUAUUACCUGUGUGUGACUCAUUCCUUAUUACUGAGUCCUCUGUCCACCCCACCUGCAGAAGAGAAUACAACUUUUCAUAUGGAAUGAAGUGUAUGCAUAUUUAAUCCAAAUUUGUGUCUUCUUCUGCAAGUGCGUGGGACGCGGGUGGCGCUGUGGUCUAAACCACAGAGCCUAGGGCUUGCUGAUCAGAAGGUCAGUGUUUCAAAUCCCUGCAACGGAGUGAGCUCCCAUUACUCAAUCCCAGAUCCUGCCAACCUAGCAGUUUGAAAGCACGUUAAAGUGCAAGUAGAUAAAUAGGUACUGCUCCGGUGGAAAGGUAAGCGGCGUUUCAGUGUGCUGCUCUGGUUCGCCAGAAGCAGCUUAGUCAUGCUGGCCACAUGGCCCAGAAGCUGUCUGCAAACAAACGCAGUUUCCCUCGGCCAGUAAAGCGAGAUGAGCGCUGCAACUCCAGAGUCGGCCACGACUGGACCUAAUGGUCAGGGGUCCCUUUACCUUUACCUGCAAGUACGUAUAGACUCUGAAACAGGUCACAGUAGCCUUCUCAACCCAAGGGAAAACAUGGGGGAGAAGGGUUGAGUCACAUACUUCUAAGCAACCUCUGUUGCCAGUUAACACUGAGAUCCAGCGCCGAGGGCCUUCUGGCAGUUCCCUCAUUGCGAGAAGUGAGGUUACAGGGAACCAGACAGAGGGCCUUCUCGGUAGUGGUGCCCACCCUGUGGAACACCCUCCCUUCAGAUGUGAAGGAAAUAAGCAGCUAUCCUAUCUUUAAAAGACAUCUGAAGGUAGCCCUGUUUAGGGAAGUUUUUAAUUUUUAAUGCUGUACUGUUUUUAACACUUGAUUGGGGGCUGCCCAGAGUGGCUGGGGAAACUCAGCCAGAUGGGCGGGGUAUAAAUAAUAAAUUGUUGUUGUUGUUGUUGUUGUUGUUGUUGUUGUUGUUAUUAAACUGGCAGGCUAUCUAUAAAUUAAGGGUAACUCUAGAUAGCAUGUGUUGUGAAACCUACUGAAAACAGUAAGAUCAAAGACCGCCUUGAAACUUGAGAACAGUGGCAAGCCAUGUAAAGAAAAGUCAUAGAACAUGGCUUCAAAUAAAUUGUUUAGCAUACAUGACACUUUUAAAGCAUUACUGUCAGCUGUCAAAACUCUGGGGAGAAUGCAAAUCAUUAGCUGCUGAAUCUAGGCUAUAAUCCAAGAAGACUGUUAAUGCUAUUCUUCAGCAGCCAGAAAGAGAUGAACAGGUGUCUGCCUCUUCUCCCUGCAUAUAUCUGGGACAGGUGAUUUUGUCUUCUUCUUUUUCCUGGUUAGUGAGCCAAUUGAUGGAGUGUGUCACACUGAGCUAUCAGACUUUCAUCAUCAGUCUCCCAGCGAAGCCUGAGAAUAGUCACAGGACCUAAAGCUCCAGCUCUGGUAGAAGAUGGGAGGUUUCUGAAGAGGCUGUCAGCACUUUCCCAUUCAAUUUAAGCAAACAGCAGAAAGAGCAGUCCCCAUCUAUAGCUUAUGCCUGCUCCAUAGAGAUGAUUGGUGCACAGCUUAAAGGUCUUAUCUUAAAGGUGUUUCUCGAUACAAAGGUCUACAGGAUGGCUCUUCUGCCAGGGGAUCUCUUAGGACAAAAAAACUGGUUUGACCAGUAUUUGUGACAUUGCUAUAUUCAGCGUCUGGAACCUUCUCUUAACACUCCAAGUAUUGAUUAAAUUCUAACAUUUACUAAACCUAGAAAUUACGAGGAGGAUCAGGCUCUCCAUGAGGCAGAGCUUACUACAAUGAUCCAAAGUUUAGGGGAUCCUUCUGCCCCCAAACUUAUAGCUCAGUUGAUUCGAGUGUGGUGCUGAUAACAGCAAGGUUGCAGGUUUGGUCCCUGUAUGGGUCAGCUGCAUAUUUCUGCAUUGCAGGGGGUUGGACGAGAGGAUCCUCAGGGUCCCUUCCAACUCUAGAAUUCAAUGAUUCUAUGAUUUUAUAUAUUUGAGGGAGAACAGACUAAGAAGAAGAUCAACAGUGCAGAGCCUAUGCAUUUUUUAAUAAUAAUAAUAAUAAUAAUUUAAAAGGAAACUGUGCCAAUUCCAGGAGGCAGAACUUACUACAAUGAUCCCAAUUUUAAUGCAAUCUUUCCCAAACCAAGUUCUUCUAUGACAGAGUAUCCCUAUAUCUUACUUGGUUGUUCCAUUAGCCUCAUGAGAAAUAGGGGGGAAUCUUAUGCUCUUCCAAAAUAUUAUGUAUAGUAUUAUUGAAUUUGUUUUCAGGAUGCAGAACGUGUGGCUAGCUAUACUUUUGCAACUGUCUACAUUUGGUGAAAGUUAUUGGUGGCACUUGAAUCAUAUGACAGUUCAAAUUAGAGUUACUGCUGAAAUUGGGUUUAUAGCAGUGGGGUUUUCCAUGAGAACACUUUUGGUGGUAGGUAGGAAACUUGGCCCACCCAGAUACCUUACUGAGAUUUUAAACUAGUUGCUGAGAGUUGGAUUUGGUGGGAAAUGUUUUGCUCACUUCCCACUUUCUCCUUAUUUCCUCUUCAGGAGCCCGUGCAUGUAUUGGGGAGCAGAUGGCGAGAAUUGAGCUGUUCCUUUUUUUCACCAGCCUGCUGAGGGCAUUCAGCUUCCACAUACCAGAAGCGAAGAAACUCAACAAAGAGCCUGUAACAGCGUUGACAAUGCAUCCCCGUCCUUAUACACUCUGUGCUGUUCCCCGCAGCAGUUCAUCGUAA